AGUAGAUAAUACUAAUAGUAAUAUAUUAAUAUGACUUAUGGUCUUCCUGUGCGAAGACUUAUCAAUAAACUCACUCAACUUUCACAAACUGAAGCAAGAUAUGAAAAUCAUUGUAUUUUCAACAUUCGAUGCUUAAAAAAUGAAAUCAUUCCAAAUAUCUACGUCUAUGAGAUCCAGUUCCAAUGGACAGAGUUAGAAGCAGAAUAGAAAGCCUACAAAAAUUAUGCCUAAAAGAAGAGGUCCACCGAAUUGUUAAAAAGUUGCAAUAUAUCAGAUGUGAAAUUGAGCAAUUCAAGAAAAAGCUGAUGGGAAUAGUUACCAAUGUAGAUUAUGAUCUUAUAACACAGUCAUCUAGCAAUGCAAAAUCAGCAACUUUCAAAAAGUCAAAAAAUAAUCAAAUCAAAAAGUUCAAUAAAUUAUUAGAGGGGAAAUCUUCAUCUCAGAACGACGAAGUCAACAAUCUGAAGUCAACGGCGAUCGAUAAAACAAAGUGGAUUAUCAAUCCUACAGAAAUAAGUGUAUUAGAAAAGGUACUAAAUUUCAAUGUAGCGGUUGACAAGCUGGAACCUGAGGAUAUCCUCCCUAAAAUAGAAUAAA